CCGAGGAGGACGGUACUUCCGGGAUCAUGGCGCCAAUGUUCACAGGUCCUGUCAGUUGCUGAGAGCCCCGAGUCAAAUGGGCUACCUUUUUGUGUGAUUUCUGCUUACUGCGGGCUGCAUUCAAAGAACCCUCGGAGACCCUCAAGCCAUGCAAUGUGCAGCUUUUUGUGAGAGGAAUUGGAACGUCUCAGGGAAUGAGUCUGAACUUUCAGGACACGUGUCAUUAUUUAGGAGGCAGUGACCUUUGAGGAUGUAGCUGUGAACUUCACCACAACGGAGUGGUCUUUGCUGAGUCCAUCCCAAAAGAAGCUCUACAGAGAUGUGAUGUGGGAAACAUUUAUGAAUGUGACUGCUAUCGGAAGAACAUGGAAUAACCAGAAAAUCGCAGAAGAGUACAAAAGUUGCUUAAGAAAUCUAAGAAAUGAAUCAGACAAUUAUUUCAGAUUUGAAGCAAAGCUGUACAAAUGUAAUAACCAUGGAAAACCCUGUAAUGAUUUCCAGUCCUUUCAGAAGCAUGAAACGGGAAAGACUGGACAGAAACCCUAUCAAUAUGAGCUAUGUGGGAAAGCCUUCUCUGAUCUUAGUGAACGAACUCACCCUGGGGACAAAGCCUCCAGCAUAUGCAGUGGUGUUCAACCUGAUGAAAGAAAUCAUAGUAUGAGGGGUUCAUAUGUACACAAACCAUGUGAGAAAACUUUUAUUUCUUCAUUCCAAGUUCAUGUUCAUGAAAUCAGACAUGCUGGAGAGAAGGAAUGUGUAAAAACAUUAGCUCAUAGUAGGCUCUUUCACAAACAUAACAUAAUUCACAGUGGGAAGAAACCCUAUGUUUGUGAGCAGUGUGGGAAACAUUUCAUUCAAAAAAGUCACUUUCGAGUACAUGAAAGAAGUCACACUGGGGAGAAACCCUAUGUGUGUACACAAUGUGGGAAAGGAUUUGCUAAUACAUCCUCAUUUCAUAGACAUAGAAGAUCCCACACUGGAGAAAAACCCUUUGCAUGUAAGCAGUGUGGGAAAGCAUUCAGCCAGAAGAGUCACUGUCACCGUCACGAAAGAACUCACACCGGGGAGAAACCCUAUGUAUGUAAGCAAUGUGGGAAAUCUUUCAGCACACACAGUCAGUGUCAAAGUCAUGAAAGAACUCACACGGGGGAGAAACCCUAUGUGUGUAAGCAAUGCGGGAAAGUAUUCAGUGAAAAGAAUAAUUGUCAAAGACAUGAAAGGAUUCAUAGUGGGAAGAAGCCCUAUGUGUGUCAGCAAUGUGGGAAAGCAUUCACUACAUACCGUGAUUGUCAAAUACAUGAAAGAAGUCACACUGGGGAGAAACCUUAUGUGUGCAAGCAGUGUGGGAAAGCUUUCAGUACCCAGAGGUAUUAUAAAAUACACUACAGAAUUCAUACUGGGGAGAAACCCUAUGUAUGUAAGCAGUGUGGGAAAUCUUUCAGCCAAAAGUGUAACUUUCGAGUACAUAAAAGAAUCCAUACCGGGGAGAAACCCUACGAAUGUCAGCAAUGUGGGAAAGGAUUUGUCGAUAAUUCUUUACUUCGUAGCCAUAAAAGAUCCCAUACGGGGGAGAAACCCUAUGAAUGUAAACAGUGUGGAAAAGAAUUUGCGCAUAAUUCCUCAUUUUAUAGACAUAGAAGAUACCACACGGGUGAGAAGCCCCAUGUGUGUGAGCAUUGUGGGAAAUCUUUCAGCCAAAGCAGUCACUUUCAAGCACAUGAAAGGACUCACACUGGAGAGAAGCCAUGUAUAUGUAAGCAGUGUGGGAAAUCUUUCAGCAGAAAGAUUAAUUGUCAGCUGCAUGAAAGGAUUCAUGGCCGGAAGAAGGCAUAUGUGUGAAAGCAGUCCCUGCAUGCUGUCAUUGUUAAAUACAUGAAAGAAAUCAAACAGGGGAGAAACUAUUUGUGUAAGCAGUGUGAGAAAGAUAUGAACAUGCCAUUAAAUAUAUGAAAUUAUGGGGCCGGGGGUUUAACUCAGUGGUGGCAUGAGCACCUGCCUGGCAAGAGCGAGGUCAUGAGUUCAAUCCAUGCUAUGUAUGUAUGUGUGUGUAUAUAUAUGAAAUUGUGCACACUGGGGAGAAACCUUACAUAUGUAGGCAGUGCAGGAAAUGAGGUCACUGGGAAUUUAAGAAAUGUGGGCAAAAGGUUCAGCUGAGAGGGACCUCAACCCUCAACAAAGUCACAUUAUGGCCAAAGCCUAUGUAAGCACCAUGGGGAAGCACUUGGUAUACAUUGCUGUUGUUAAAUAUGUGAAAACAGAAAACCUACGUGUGUAAGAGUAUUUUGAAAAAUCCUUUAAAAAGUACUCGUAUAGAGGAGACAUUUAUAAAUAAUAUAAAAUUACGAUUUCAAUAUUCACAAAAUUUCCAGAAAUUUAGGGUAUCUUCCAGACGAGAUACCCUAAAGGGUAUUCCUUCUGUGCUCUUCAGUAAGUCUCCUGCACAUAUCUGUGUAUCUGUGGACUUCACUAUUAAGACAUCACACGUUUGUCAGGAUGAGAUGGUGCACUUCUGUAAUCCCAGCAUUGGGAGGUUGAGGCAAGAAGAUUGCUGAAAGUACAAGGCAAGCCUGGGUUAUGAAGUGAGUUUGAGGCUGGCCUGAACUGCAUCACUAAAUCCUGCCUCAGAAAAAAAUAAAAUUUAAAAAUCA